AUGCAGUCUCUCAAGUCACGGCUAUGGGAAGGCAUUUCGCCCUUGAGCGAUCAAAGAUGGCAGGAAAAGGAACUUCACCUCCGUGAGAACUUCGACCAAGCCUGUCAGCAGCUGUCAGCGGUAGUCGCAGUGUUUGAGUAUCUCAACACCCACCAGGUACAAGAGAACCUUCGCGUGACCUUUAACCUCAUUCACGAUCUCUGCGAAACGCUCGAAACGGUGAUCAAUAAGCGCAGGACCGAGACUGGUGCGGAGCAUGUCAAUGUCGCCGAUCUUUGGACUAUGUACAUGACUGCCCAUCUAGAGGUGGUCACUCAACGCGCACACAAAUGGGUCCGACAACAUGUCGACGAAUUGAGAGUUCCAAUAAUGCAGGAAGUUCUUACAUAUCAACCUUCCAACAAGGAAACGGUCUUUUCAGAUGAGAAGCAGUGGGAACUAGGGGAUGCGGUCCAGAUGUUGCUAGAAGUCUCCAUUCGAGCGGACUAUAACAUCAUGAUACCAAUGGAAGGCUACAAAGGCUACAAGGCCCCAAAAAAGGGGAACGGGCCACCAGAGAUAUACUCCAAGGACAUUACUGAACGAGGCCCGGCGUACGCCCAACACAUGAAGCGUGUCAGUGACCAGGUCAUGAUUACGAGAAUCGUUGAAAGGAUUUCAAGCGGUGACAACACCAAGCAAACUUCUGGUGAAUCCCUUUUUGAUUCAGCAAUGGAUCAAUUGACUGCCCAUGAACAAGUCAGAAGAGAGAUGCGUGGGGAUUCGCUCGACUCCACGCUGCAGGAGCCAUGGAUCGUUGCCGCGUUAGCUCAGAUUGAGUACGCGAAACAGAAUGACUUGAUCGAAAACCAUGGGCUGGCCGUUUAUCGUCUGACUUAUGGACAAUCCGAGCAAAAAUGGAUUGAAUUUGUUCAAAAUUUGGAAACAAGCAUAUUUGAUUGGGGAACAGGCCAAACAGGCAGUGACGCUAUCAAGCCAUAUUUGAAACUCCACUGGAUAGAUGGAAGGGAACUUAGUCUUGCGGAGGGUGACACUGAGGCAGCCAAAAGAGCCAAGCUAAUAGUCAACUUAUGGCAUUUCAACGAGACAUUCAACGACGAUUCAGCUGAGAACGAGAGCAAAAUCUCUCUGAAACUACAACGAGACACGCCGCCCCCUCUGGCAUGCUUCCAGGCGACUCCGCCGGCAUUUGUUCUCGCUAUCGACCCUUCUUUCGAUCCGGUCGUUGGCUUCGACAGACCGGACGAGUCGCCCCACUAUAAUAGCCAGAUGCGUAUCCUCGGGGGUCUGAUCUGGGGUGACAUGUAUGCCCAAUUGGUGUCCCAAUCAACGGGCUUAGACGGCUUGUGGCCGCUGGCCAUGCACCAUCCUAACCAGGUUUAUGUUGGCCCAGUCACUUCGAUGCAGGCACUGAGCUGGAAAAGCCAAGACACGCAGUAA